AUGCCUCUCUCUGGACACUGCCUCUGCAAGGCCGUCACCUACAAGGUUGACGCCGAACCCCUCGUCGUCGGCUACGACCACUGUGACGACUGCCAACGCCAGAGCGGCUCAACCUAUUCUCUCGUUGUCGUCGUUCCCAAAGACAAGUUGACCAUCAAUGGUCCCACCAAGAGCUGGGCUGGAAAGGGUUCCUCGGGCAAGGAUGUUCACCGCAUCUUCUGCUCUGAGUGUGGCUCUCCCAUCGCUCACGACCCCGAUGCGGCUCCCGAAAUCAUUGCUCUCAAGGGUGGCACGCUCGACUCAGAGAUCAAGAAGACCUUGAAGCCCGAUACCGAGAUCUGGACCGUGGGCAAGCUGCCUUUCUGCCAAGAAAAGUUGGCGAAGCCUUUCGAGCACAUGCCGCAGUAA